UCUCCUAAUUUACACGUGAUUCGUGUUCGAUCUGAAAGAAACGUUUGUAAUUAUCUUGCAAUAUCCUCGUAUGAUUAAAGAAUCAAUUGAGCAGUCUACUUCACUGAUAAUAAACACCACUCAUUUGAUCUAAUCAGAAGAGGAAACAUAAAAAGUGAGAAAGUCCUUGGCAUGUCGAUUUUACUUGCACUGUCUAAUAUCCCCACCAAAAAGGCAGAAGGGUUCCACAGUUUAAGUUCUUUCCGAUCCAGCUGUGUUUGAUCACUCAUUCUAUUGUCCUCAAACAUGAUAUCUUCUCACUCAUUUUCCACCUUAAAUGUUUGUGGUCACAAUUCUAUAACUCGUUAUUUCCAUAUCCCAAAGUCUAGUAGAAGUUCAUACUUCUUCAGCCUAAGAAAGCAUUCAUUUGAGCAAACAAAGCUCAAAUUCUGCAAUUUGAGAGCUAAAUAUGGAGUCAAAAGGGUUAUGUGCUCAUCUAGCAAUGAUCAUCAGGAGCCCAAAGCUCCAACUCCUCAAAAAUCUGAUAUGCCCGAUUGGAAAAAAUGGACUGUUGGGAUUGUGUUUUCCAUAAUUCUACCUGCAGUUGGACACAAAAUGGGACCUUUAAUGCUUCUCAAAAGCAAGGUGGAUAUGGUCAUACAAAAAGUGGACGAAGUGACAGAGGUGGUGGAAGACAUAGCUGAAGCAGCAGUAGAUGUUGUAGAAACAGUAGAGGAGAAGCUUCCUGAAGAUUCAAAGCUCAGGGAAGAGGUUCAUACUAUCAAGGAUCUAGCUGAAAAAGCCGUUGAAAAAGCAAAACAAGCUGAUGAGCUUCUUGACCAGAUAAAGGAUGUUGAGGAUAAAUUUAUGGAAUCGCUUAGAGGACCUGAACGCAAUGAAGCAGAAAAAGAACCAAGCAACAAAGACGUGGAUCGGUCCGUCAAGGCAUAAUUGUGCAAAGUUGGCUUCACUUAGGCUCUGUUUGUUUGGACUGAAAAUCUUUUCCAGAAAAUAUUUUCUUCAAUUUCUGGUGUUUGGCUGCAAAAGAGGUCAGGAAAAUUUUUUCCAGUAGAAAAUCUUUUACAUAACUUGGUGUAAAAUGACUUCCGGAAUUAAGAUACGGAAGUUAAUUUCCGACAACUAUCGUGACUUACUAGUCUCCUUGGUACUUGGCUAUUGUACAAAACCAUCAAGUACUACAUCACAGAGAUCAAAUCAAGAGCAACAUCCCUGCACUUGCUUCUGCAAAUUCCACAAC